ACCUAAUUUGGCCCACUAUUAAAUCCCCAAAUCACUAACUAAAACCCUAGGUCAGCUGCCAUCCCUCUCUCCCUCUCUCAUUCUCACAUCUCUCGCCCAGUUUCAGCAGCUGCAAAGAUGGUUCUCUCGAACGACGUCGAUUUGCUGAACCCGCCGGCGGAGCUUGAGAAAAGGAAGCACAAGCUCAAGCGCCUCGUGCAAUCCCCAAACUCUUUCUUCAUGGAUGUCAAGUGCCAGGGUUGCUUCAAUAUAACCACUGUCUUCAGCCACUCGCAAACGGUUGUCGUGUGCGGCAAUUGCCAGACAGUUCUGUGCCAACCGACUGGUGGCCGUGCCAAGCUCACCGAGGGCUGCUCUUUCCGGAAGAAGGGCGACUGAAGAAGAACAUAUACGACUGUCGUAUUCUUGAUACAAUGUGGGACCAAGGGAUUUUUUGUUUUGGUAUUUUCAUAUGCUGUUUCAAACAUGAAUGUGAUUCUUGAAGCAACUUUUAAGUUAAUUCAGCCUAGAUUCGGAUUAUGUUUUAUCAUCAUUGACCAAUAUUAAAGAUUUGAUUUUUCUUGUGA